AAAGGAAUUAUACGUUAUUCUUGCUUGCAUAGCCUGCGCUUCAAGUCCGAAACCAUAAAAAUGCACUGGCCUUUCAUUUCUAUAAAAGGCGUACUCCAUCGGCCAAAUAUCUCAUCUCAACUAUCUCAGUUUCUCUUAGCCAUGGCAGAAUUCAGAAACAGCAACUACAUCCUCCUUUCAGCGGCGAUUUUCUUCACAAUCUUCUUUGUGACACUCCUGACAAAUGCAGAUGCAAUCAUUCAUAAUGUCGCCAGUUUUGGCGCAAAGGCAGAUGGAAAGACUGAUGCAAGUCCAGCAUUUCUCAAAGCAUGGAUUGCUGCUUGUAGUUCUUCCAAACCAUCUAUGAUAUAUGUUCCUCUUAAGAAGUAUCUUAUCGGUCCAACCGAAUUCGUAGGACCAUGUAAAAAUUCCAAUAUUACUUUUCGGAUUGAUGGGAUGCUCAUUGCUCCGGAUUAUAAAAAGAUGAAGUUCUCUGCUCAGCACUGGAUAACUUUUAACUAUGUAAAUGGGAUGUCUAUACUUGGAGGAUUUCUUGACGGCCGAGGCUCUAGCUUAUAUGCGUGUAAGGUUGCUAGAAAAGACUGCCCAGCAGGUGCCACGUCGCUUUCCAUCUAUAAUUCGCACAACAUAAAAGUUCAAAAUCUGAAAUCCCUUAACGCAAAGCUGUACCAUAUCGUUGUAUAUGGAUGCAAGGAUGUAGUAUUAGACGGAGUCCAGAUUCGUGCUCCAGAUGAAAGCCUUAAUACAGAUGGUAUACACAUACAAAAAGCAUCCAAUGUCCGUGUCUACAACAGCGGUAUAAAGACUGGUGACGAUUGUAUCUCCAUUGGUGCUGGUACUAGAGACCUAUUGAUUCAGCGCGUUGCUUGUGGACCUGGACAUGGUAUAAGCAUUGGGAGUCUGGGACAUCAACUAGAGGAAGAAGGCGUGCAGAAUGUGACGGUGAAAAGCGUAGUAUUCACUGGAACGCAAAGUGGGAUGAGGAUCAAAUCUUGGGCAAGACCCAGUAAAGGAUUUGUUAAAGGAGUUGUAUUCAAGAAUGCUAUAAUGAACAACGUUCUAUUUCCAAUUGUCAUCGAUCAAAAUUACUGUCCUGGUAUCGAAGGCUGUCCUACCUUGAACUCGGGGAUACAAAUUAGUCAAAUUACGUACUCGAAUAUCAAAGGAACAUCAGCAACUCAAGUUGCUAUGAAAUUCGAUUGCAGUAAAUCGCAUCCAUGCAAAGACAUCCGUGUUGAAGAUAUCAAACUUGUCUAUCGUCAAGAACAUCAAGAAAAAGAAGGUAAACCACAACAACCAGCUACAUCCUUCUGUCGAAACGUUCAUGGCAUAACUCGAGGUUCAGUCUUUCCACCAAGUUGUGUAUGAGUCGUAUAUAAAAAUUUGUGAGCAUCUCAUUUGUCUGUAAAUAUAAUUGAUGAAUAAAACUGCAUUUGAAUUUAUUGAAAAGCGUCUCUACACGUCUUGGCAGUGAGCACUAGGAAUGAACUUGAUUGUUCAAAUAGAAAGGUUCUGAUUCUUUAGGAUGUUUUUCAUUUCUUUUACUGUUAAUUUUUUUGAUUGUUUUUUGAGUCACAUUUUUAAGCAUCA